GAAUGGGAGCGUCAGACUGCCGCGCGUCCCUCAUUUGGAAGUGCGUCAAAAAAGUGUUCCAGCAGGUAUUUUACCAGGCUUCGUUUCCUCUGAAGUGAGCGCCGUUCCGAACUCCAUUUCCCACCUGGUGAGAGAGAAGAGUGGGGAUUACGCGCUGAUUAAGAAAACUCCUCACCACUUUUCCUGGCACCUCCCGCUCGCCCGUCGGCUCCCCCGUCUCUCCGUUUGGCGCUCCGACGGUCCAAAGUCCCUCAGUGGUUUUUGUUGGUGGGACGCGGACUGAGCCGAUACACAGAAGAAUUUUUAUCCUCUCCCAAAAAAAAAAAAUUCGGAGUAGAAAGAGCCGAUGAUAUAAAGAGGUGGAGGAAUCUAUCAGAAGCACAUCCAGGUUAACAAAAGUACUCCUGAAAACGGUUCAUUUGUAUUGUGGACGGUGGAAACAAGAUAGAAGCGUGGAGUCAUAACAUGGUUGUGUCAGGAAAAGAUCUCUGAUGAACUUUUGUCACUUACAGUCAUGAGUGAGACGUCCACAUGAAGUGAGAGCCUGUGCUUCGAAAUAACUAUUUUUUCUCUUUGAAAAAGCAGUAAAUCACUCUACAAGCAAACAAACAACCCCUCCACUUCCUCCUCAAUGAGCUGAAUGUGACAUCAGCCCUCAUUCCAGCACACUUUUAAUAAGCUCUGCUUUCACAACAUUCCUCUCAGUGCCAGCCAUGGUUUCUGUCUGAUGCUGAAAAUUAAACUGACUGGAGUACAACAGAGGAAGUCAAAAAAGGUGAACUGAGUUUCAUCAGAUAGAUUAUGUUUUUUGCAGUGUGUUACCACACACCUGACACGUCCAGAUUUUUGUGUUUAUUUUCUUAAACGCUGUGGUGUGUAAAGGCCUCAUUCUAAAUCGAGCUCCUGGUCCGCUGGACAUCUUUAUUGUUUCUCUAGGAUCAAGUUAUUUCCCUCCUGGCUGCCUUACUGCCAUUUUGCGCUCUCUCUCUCAUACUUAGCCCAGUGAUACACUGUUUUCCCUCCACUCCUCUACACCUCCUGCAUCACCUUUUCAUACCAUACUGGUUCUCUGAGAAGCUUCAUCCUGGCCGGCACUAUUCCAGCCAAGGGGGAAGAGGACUUCCUGACGCUGGCCGCCUCGCGGCUCAGCCGCAGGAAACGUGUCAUUGGAGCUGCCGUAGGUGUGGCCAUGGUUCUUAUACUGUUGGUCGCCAUUCCCCUGCUGGUCCACACAACCAAAGGGAGGAACACCGGAAAUGCAGGGAGCCAUUACGAAAUGCUGGGAACCUGCAGGAUGGUAUGUGACCCCCACGGUACGUCUCAGCCUGGGCAGGAGUUGACAGCUGUAUCUCCACUGCCCCAGGAUCCUUCUGGGAAGAAGAUAAAGUCUGGGAUACGUGGGCCUCCAGGGAUCCCUGGCCCUCCAGGGGAACAGGGACCUCCUGGCAAACCAGGGCCACAGGGGCCCCCAGGGCCAGGUCCUGGUGGCUAUUCUCCCUCGCUUUACACUCCCAAAAUUGCCUUUUAUGCGGGCCUACGUAAGCAGCACGAGGGGAGUGAAAUACUAAAAUUUGAUGACGUGGUGACCAAUGUAGGCAACUACUACGAGCCCAGCACCGGCAAGUUCACCUGUCCUCUGCCUGGCAUCUACUUCUUCACCUACCAUGUUCUAAUGAGAGGGGGUGACGGGACCAGCAUGUGGGCAGACCUGAAGAAGAAUGGACUGGUAAGAGCCAGCGCCAUCGCUCAGGAUGCUGAUCAGAAUUACGACUACGCCUCCAACAGUGUGAUCCUGCAUUUGGACGUGGGCGAUGAGGUGUGUGUGCAGCUGGACGGAGGGAAGGUCCACGGAGGGAACACAAACAAGUACAGCACCUUCUCUGGCUUCCUCAUCUACCCAGACUGAAUGUGAAACCCUAACCCCCUGUCGAACGGACACUGACACACACAUAGGAAAUACUCACAGUCACAUGUACGUAUGCAAAUAAAUGCGCACACACAGACAUGCGUGCACACAAUGCCUGCAUGUGCACGAAUAUAAACAUACACACACACGCAGACACUCACAGAUUACAACAGCAAAAGUGAAGUGGGUAUUGAGUGAAAAUCAGAGAUAAAGUGGAAUUAGGUGGAGUUGUGUGAUUUGGAGCCAAGCAUCAUGAGCAAACUGCAUUUACUGGCGCCCUUUAUGUGCAAAUAUGAAUUCCAGAAGAUGUACAGUAUAGGUGCACAUAACAAUUGCACGUUGUGCUCUGAAAUAUCUACAAAAAAAAAUACUUUGAUGUGUUCCAUAUUAACUGACAUCGUGAGAAUAUAGCAAACACCAUCAGUCUAAUUGUUUGAUUUUUUUUACUGCAACAAUGGUGUUAAGGGUGCCGUUAAUCAAAGAUGACUACGCUGAGGUGAAUGCACACCUGCCGUAUUCCAAUCUUGUACAUCUCUGCUCUCCAUUCCAGUGACUGCUGAUCAAACAGCCUGCUGUCUAUUUUGCAGAUCAUCAUUGUAAAACGAUAUUAUUAUCUUUUAUUUGCCCUCAAGUGAAUUCCACCAGAUGAAAUGAAUAAAGGCCCUCUUGUGAUUCACCCUGGAUUGGGGCUGAUUAAAAAAAAAAAAAAAAAAAGGCCAUCUGAAUAAACACAGAUGUUUGACCUGUCGUUCCUGUCUCGUUCAUGACGCAGGACAUCACACAGCACGAUACAACAAAACACAGUUGAAUGACUCUUGUGUGUGAUUAAGUUUUAAUUGCCAAGUGCAUCACUGACAACAUGUUUUGCGUGUGUAAGUGUGUGUGUGGGUAUGUCAGUAUGUGUGAGUGGGUAAACUGUAAGACAAUGAAGCGGCUGCAGUGUUUUAUUUACCAGGUGUUGUAUAAUACCUUGCAGGCACGUUACUGUAAUUACACUGCCAUACCUACUUAAUACUUUAUUUUUGAGAGAUCCUGUCAUCAUAUGUAUAAAGACAGUGACCCCUGGACGGGCUAUCUGGUAUGCUGAAUAGGUUGAUUAGACAGUUGCUAUUAAAAUAUCUA